UGUUUACACUUGUCAUUUUCAUAAUUACUCCUUAACGUGUAAAAAGUAUUCGACACUUACUGUGAAUCACUAAAGCACGAGGGAAGAGUGUCAGGCAGGAGGUGGAGCACACACCACAAAGUGACGGAGUGGUGCGCGGGCAGCACCACCAGCAGCCGGCGACGCUACAUGUGCUCGGUGUGGAUGGUGUCAGAGGUGAUUUGGUAGUUACGACGGGCAGGUCCCGCGUCCCUGUUCCCAGCGGCCUGACACACGCUCUCGGCGGGGCGGGGCGCGAGGCGGGCUUGCAGCGGGCGGCUGCGGGCGGCGUGAGCUGGACCUGCAGAGAGAGAGAGAGAGAGAGAGAGAGAGAGAGAGAGAGAGAGAGAGAGAGAGAGAGAGAGAGAGAGAGAGAGAGAGAGAGAGAGAAAGCGUGGCGCUUCUCUGGUGACCUGUCGUCGCCUCCUCUCUCCACCCCGUCACCUCCCCUCGCUCCAGACUUUGCCCUGAGCGUGGCAGUGCCCUUGGUGUGUCCGCAGGGUGAGGGGCGCCGCGGGAGGCCAUGGGCUGCUGGGAGACUAUCCGCCAGGAGCUGCGGAUCUCCAACUUCAAAGUCAAUCAUCCAGUGCCGCACCUCUUCCUCGCCUCGGAGUGGCAGGAACACCCCGUGGCGUGCGUGCGGCUGUGGUAUGUGGUGUACCGGUGGGUGUGGGCGCUGUACCACCUGGGCUGGUGGGCGGUGAGCUUGGCACAAGAGGGCGGCUGGAAUGCCCCAAUACAGCGGAAGGGUUACUUCUUCAUCUACCUCACCAACUGGGCCUACACGAGUAUAGUGUUGAUGACGACAGCACACGCCAGCAUCGUCACCAACGCUUGGCUGACCUACCGCCGUACCGCACAGCUGCCCAAGACCACCACGCUGCGCCUGAAGGUGUUGUGGGUGAUGCAGAAUGUCGUCUUCCUGCCAGCCCUGCUCAUCACCGCGGCCUACUGGAGCGCCGUGUACAAUCCAGACGACCCCAUUGGCGCCAUCAACGUGGACGUGCACAUCAUCAACUCAGUCUACGUCUUGAUCGACCUUUGCGUCUCGGCCACGCCCAUCCGCAUCCUGCACUUCUACAUCCCCUUCGUCUUCAUGUUUAUCUACCUCAUCUUCACGCUGGUGUACUGGGCGGCGGGAGGCACCACGCCGGAGGGAGGUACCGCCAUCUACCCCAUCAUGGACUGGGAGAACCUACAAGUGACGCUCCCGUUCGUGGCCUGCUGUGCCGUCUUCAGCCCCAUCAUGCAGGCCACCGUGUGGGCGGUGCAUCAGGCGCGGGUGGCGGUGCGGGAACGAUGCUUCGGCAGCCGCUCUCCUCUGGCUCCCUUGCCUCACCCCGCCACUAUGGACGUGAUUCUCGGCCGCGACGCCUCCAUGGAGAGUGUCAACGAGCGCACCCCGGAUCCUGUCACUUCCCACAUAGUUUAGCUGGCGCCUGUCAUCCCCCAGACUGUCCAGCCCGUCACCCCCCAGACUGUCCAGCUGGCGCCUGUCACGCCCCAGAAUGUCUAGCUGGUGCCUGUCACCCUCCAGACUGUCCAGCUGGCGCCUGUCACCCCCCAGAUUGUCCAGCUGGCGCCUGACAAUCCCCAGAAUGUCUAGGUGGUGCCUGUCACCCCCCCGACUGUCCAGCUGGCGCAUGUCUCCCAACAGACUGUCCAGCUGGCGCCUGUCACCUCCCAGACUGUUCAGCUGGUGCCUGUCAUCCCCCAGACUGUCCAGCUGGCGCCUAUCACCCCCAGACUGUCCAGCUGGAGCCUGUCACCCCCCCAGACUGUCCCGCUGGAGCCUGUCACCCCCCAGACUGUCCAGCUGGCCCCUCUCACCCCUCAGACGGGUUCAUAAGUACUAGUCACAAGUGGAAUAAUUUUACGUCGUGGCAGGACAUGAAGUGUGACAAAUCUGUGUGUCGUAAUGAUGUAUACGAGUGUUUUGUUAAUGGAUCUCUCCCUCCUCUCUACUCUCUCAUUCCCCUAAUACCUCUUUCCUUUCCUGUCUCCUGUUUCUUCCUCCUCACUUGUCUCACCGUAAGCUGUCUCCUGUAAAGCCAACACCUGGCAAACCCAACCAACCCUCAAGGAUGUGUGUGUUUAUUUAGGUCAGGAGGAGGUCUGAGUGGACGCUCGUAAUAAGGUUGAGACUCAGGCGAGCGACGCUGUAAGUCUGCAAAGCUGAGUCUGUGAGGCUUCAUUUACAACUAAUUUAUGUUCCUAUUUUCUAUGAAUGAGGGAAGGCAAACCCACUGCCAUCACAACAACCUUUAAUUGUUUCAUUUGCGCAUACAUUUGAAAGGUCCCAUAAUAAAGAAUGGUAUUUCUAGACUAAAUCUCACGUUACUGAUAACUUCCUGACUUUCUAGUACAAUAUUCUAAUCUGUUACGUGUAGCAUGUGCUGUGCAGAAGUAAAACUACAUACGUGAAAACAACUGAUGUUGUAACGCUCUGGGCCUGUGUCGACACUGGAUGCCUCUGCCUUUCACUGACGUCUCAAUAUAUUGUUGAAUUACCUAGUUUUACUUAAAGAUCAUAUACGCUGCGCCUGUCAGGAUGUUAGAAGGUCAUCAAGUAGCGCUGGUUUUGGUUUAGAAAUGCCCUUUAGCGUUAAGGAGUCGAAUCGUUAAUGAAUCGGGUAGGGGUACCGGCUGCGAGCUCCUGAACUUCGCGCCUCAGCCGUACUUUCAUCGCCGCAGCCCCUUAGCUUCUCCCCAGGACAAGCAGUGAGGAUGCCCUGCAUGUGGGCGGUAGUGAAGGGAUGUGUGGCAGUGAAGUGAGUGGCUGUGGAGUGGUGGUGAAGGAGUGUUGUGACGGGAACAGCUUGUUAUAGGAUGAAAUGUGAAGAGCUGGAGUGGUGAUGGCGGUGGUGUGAGGUGUAGUGGAGCGGUGAACUAUGGUGACGCUAUCGGGAUGAGGUUGUGGCUAUAGAGAGAGAAGGCAGUCAGCAAGGAAAUGUGUAAAUAUAGGAGGAGAGGUGUGCUGGCAAGUGUAGGGUGUGGCAACAGUGGUAAGGUGCAAUGGCAGUGAAAGUGUAGCGGCAGAGUUUCUUGCCACUCACUAGCCUCAUUGGACACGAGUUACUGACGCAAGAGUUUAUGGAAAAUGCUUAAAAUUUUCUUGAAGCCAGCAUGACAUUCAAUGAUGAGUGACAAUUAUUGAUGUUCUAAAAAGAAAUUAUGCCAAGUAAGCUUUUAUUGUAUGAAGUAUGCCUAGAAAAUACAAUGCAGGAUGGACAUGCGGGCCUCUCUUAGUAGUUAGUACCAGAGCAUUCCAUAUUUGAUGAGUACUUAAGUAAGGCUCAGAUUGUCAUCAUUUUCUCUUCCUCCAUGAAAAGUACAAAAUUCCCGGAGGAAGGUCUCUUAGUUCUCGACCUUCAUUCCCCUCAGUCACAUUUACAGGGAAACGCUUGCUCCUUCUGUAAAGAUGGGAAGAAAUAUUAAACACAAAACAAAAUUCAACAUUUUUGGAUAG